AUGGAUGUCAAUACUCAGUUCAUGACCGACACGGCCGAGAGGCGACGUACCCAAAAUCGCCUAGCUCAGCGCAAAUUCCGCGAGAAGAAGCGGAAGGUGGCACACAAUGCGGUGCUAGAGACCCCUCAAGAACCGAGUGGAAACUUCAGAGCGUCAUCACAAUCAGCCUCCAGCGAGAAAAAUAAUGGAAAUCUUGUACUUAGCUCCUUGCCUUCAUUCGCAAAUGCGCUUCCCAGACUCGCAGAAAAUUCUCCAAAUCACAUUCCCAUCGCUAGCACAGAGUCAGGGCCGAGUAACAACUUCGAUCUCGAUGCGAUCGACCAGUUCCUGUACCAAACCAACGAUGAUUUCUCCUUCCUUGUGGACGGAUUUUACCCACAGCAACCCCCUGACUUUGCUUUACACAAGACACCCUCCAACGCCACAACAAGCACUCAUUCAAGCCCACUGUCUCGAUUCGGGGAUAACAAUAACCCGCCAUUACAUCGCAGAACAUCCGAUUCUGAUAUUCGCCCGGAAAAUCCGGGCCCCCAGCUACCGAAAUCAUACAACGACGAUACAGUGUUGGAACUCAUCACGUCGGCCAGACAUGACAAGGGCUGGAUUGGCACACUUCACAUCGCCGCGCAGAAGGGCCAUGAGAAUAUCGUUCGUGUACUUUUGCUCCGAGGUAACAUGGAUGCAAACAAGCAAGAUAGCGACGGUCGCACGCCCUUGAUCCACGCCAUCAUUGAAAAUCAUGAAUCUGUAGUGAGGUUACUACUUUCCCACGGUGCUCGCAUAGGCGUGUAUGAUUGUGAUGGUCGCUCUGCAUUGCACUGGGCGGUGUUGCAUCGGCGGCUCGGGAUACUGCGGCAAUUGCUUGACCAUCGUGCCAAGUACGAAUGCUGGUUGGAUCUUGAUGCGUACGACAAGGCUGGGUGGACCCCAUUGCAUAUGUCCGUAGAUAGAGCUUUUGAGGCUGGAAUCUUGAUGCUUCUCCAGGAAGGCGCGGAUAUCGAUGCCAAAGCACAGAAAUGUCCGUAUACAGGCAUGGUCGUGCCGCUGAUGGAUCGACACCGAUAA